UCUUACUGGAGCUGUGUCCCAGAUCACCGUGGGAGGGAGUCCUCCCCAGCCAAUCAGGUCGUGACUACGUGUGAAACGUCAUGGCUGGAGCUUAGAGCAAUAACAAUAACAAGCCCAGUGACAAAGACAGCUGCAGCAGCUGUGUGCAUGCAAAGGGACAGCUUACUGGGCUCCAUACUGAGAGGGAGACACCAUGUCUGACAGCCAGGCACAGAACCUGCAGGAUGAAAACUUACAGGGUAAGAGAAAAAUCAAUAUGAAGACCCCCUCCUUGUGCCUAUAUAUAUCCAGGCAUAGCAGUAGCCCCCCUCCCCCAACCCCUUCAGCUCUGUGCCUUUCUAGCCAAAACAUAUUUUCUUUAUAAAGAUCUCACAUCAUGGGUGGCCAAAAGAAAUACCCCUGCCAAAUGGUGUAGUACCCCAACCUUAAUUCUUGGGGAAGCAUGACGGGAGUUGGAGUACUACAACGUCUAGUGGGUCUACCUUUUGCCCUUCUCUGUCCUAGGUGGAAUUUAAGCUAUUCUGCAAAUCUUAUUUGUUUAUUGGAGAUGUGUUUACUGACAGCCUGUUUGUUUUCGAACAGGCUUCGCAAUAUAAUAUUUCACAUGGCAGUGGACUUUAACCCCCUAAGGACACAUGGCAUGUGUGACAUGUCAUGAUUCCCUUUUAUUCCAGAAGUUUGGUCCUUAAGGGGUUAAUGCAUAGUAGUUUAUAUCAGUGUGUCUAAUUAUAUAACUGUCAGUAUGAGUACCAGCUUUCUUUAUGCAAAAUAUGUAAAGCACUCUGGAUAACAAUGCUAUAUAAGAAUUGUUUAAAAGAUAAAUAACAUUAUUUGUUUACUUAACAUUGAAAACUGAAUUGUGGCAAAUUAAAAUCCAAAUUCUAUCUGCCCAAUGGUGUUUAUGUUCUGAAACAAAUAUGGGCAAAAAACAAAACACACACACACACACCUCCACUGUAACCGUGGUUUGUCUAUUUUAGCUUGACUUUUGCAAUUUGGUUUUCAAUUUACGGUUUCACACUAAUUUACUGUUUAGUAAAUACAGCCCAGAAUGUUUCUAAGUAGCCAAACUGUAGGGUUUGAAGCACUUAGAGGGUGUCCCUUUAAAAAGGUACCAAAAUCCUUUGUAUAAGUGAACCCGUUACAUUAGUACUACACUAAACAUCAUUAAAACUGCACUGCCACUUGUGGGAUCUAUUUGAGCAUUUUUUUGGAAAGCCCUACAAAGGGACUUUGUCUGUGUGAACGUGGCAGGUAUAUUUACCUUAAUCUAUCCCUUCUUGGUGCCACCAAUAUGCUCUGCAUGCAUGAAAGUACAGAGUCAAUGGGGGAUCCAGUGAGAUCAUUUGAAGAUAAUCUUGCGCAUGCUCAAACAAUAAGGAGCUAUAGACUUCUACUGCGCAGUCCAGAAGAUCAUACCGGCUUCCUUCAGCAGUUGCUGAAAUUCCACCUUUUGUAGAAGAUUGCCAAUUAGAUAAGACAAAGUAGAUUCAGAUCUUUUGAGUUAUUAGAAAUUCAAAAAAAUUCCAAUACAGUAAAAAAAAAGCUUUAUUAAUAAAGUUUCUAUGAUUACAAAAUACACUAAAGUGACAGCCGUUUCAAAAUCAGUGCUAGUGUCAAUAUGUAUACUGCAAAUAGGACUAAACCUAACCCUCACCUAUAGGAGUUAUUUACCAAACCCGAUAAAAUAGAGGUAAGGGAAUUGCUAAUUAUUGGCCAACAUAUUAGAAUUUAAACAAUUCCCCAACUUCGCUAUUUUGUUUCCUCAUCUUUGCGGUUUUGGCUUAAUAUAUGCUAUUCUUUAGUCACCAGUUUAUUACAUAAACCCUGUGCCCUUGUGAUAUAGUUAAUGUAUUCCUAACAUUAUAGUGUUCUCACUAAUUAAGUGUCCCCAUCCCAUCCCCGUGAGAGUAUAAAAAAAAAAAAAAAAAGUAAGAUUUACUUACCUUAUAUCUCGACCUCUGUCCAGUGUCGAUAUCCCUCUGCGCUUGCUCGGGUCCACAUUGGGGGGAGACCUAAUGCAUAUGCGCGCCAAUGGCCGUGCUCGCAUUAGUACUUCCCCCAUAGGAAAGCAUUGUACAAUGCUUUUCAAUGGGGAUUUGGGUGAAGCUGGGCGUCCCCAUGCAUAGCACGAGAACGUCCUGCGUCAGGCGACCAAAAGUCUCCCAAUGGCCGGAAGACCCCCAAGUGGCUGUCUGAUAGACAGCCACUAGAGGUGGCGUUAACGCACCAAGCCAAUUAUUGCAGUUUCUUUAAAACUGCAAUAAUUAUCUUUGUAGGGUUAAGGGACCUGGUACAGUGCACCCCAACCACUUUAAUAAGCUAUAGUGGGCUGAGUGCGUCUAGUGUCCCUCUAACCUUGCAAUGAAAACAUUGCAUAUUCUACAAAAUGACUAUUUUACAAGGCAGGGUUAAAACAACAGAGGCAUUGAUCUGGUUGCCUUUAGUGUAUCUUUAAUUCACACAUGAGCAGGGUUCCUUUAAAACUGCACUGAAGAAAAAGUCAGAUAAAGAAGUCUUGGAGCCUUGUAUUCAACCAUACAUUAUAUCGAGGGGUUAAUGAGUUCUUUACAGCAUUUCUUAAUAACACUCAGUCAUCUAUAGCUGUACAGAUCACAUGGUUCCAACCUUUACUAGGUAUAAUAAUUAAAUAAAUCAGGCAGUACUUCUGAAAGAAACUGUGUACUUCCUUACCUGUUCAGUCACAUGUUGUAAAAGGCUGAAUUGAAAACUCUGAAGCAGUUUUUUUUUCUCCAUAUGGUGUUUUUUUUUUUGUUUUCUCUCUCAAUGCACCAGCUGCAUGUUAUUAUAUGCAUCAUUAGACACACCUUUUCAUUUUAUAACAUUGUUUAUCAUUGAUUGGGUGAAGGAGUUUGUUUUGCCUGACUCCAACACCAAGCUUAUAGAUUCAAAAGUGACAAGAGCCAAAAUGACUGCUUUCAUGUUAAUAGCGGUGAACUGUUACUUCAAGCACCAUAACCACUACAGCAAGGAAACCUUAGGUUCUGUCCUUCCAAUUUUAAGCUGUUUAACUGAAGUCGAGGUUAUCUUUAGCAACCCAAAUGAUGAUGGGAUAAUGGGGACUGGUGAUGGGAUAAUGGGGAAGUUUCACCUGCUCUUUAUCUGCAAAGCAAGAAUGCUAAUAAUGUUAGUGGAGUUAGUCAAAUCAUUGUUAACCCCGUCUGGAGUGCUGGUUGGAGAGAAGCUCCCUUUUCCCAACUAUUUUGACCUAAAUUCAGUUAAAAAGAUUCCCUUAUUUGGCUGGUAAACCCAAAGUGUGUAGCAAUCUUAAAAGCAGAAAUGAUGUUGUGUUGAAACACUUGUAGCUGUAUUGUUCAACAGGGUGGCUUUUAAAAUUUUUUUAUAAUUGAAUGCCCCCUUGCAUCCAGAGUUUUAAGUGCUUCUGUGGUUUCAUCUCUUGCAGUCUUUGAAACCGUAUUGUACUGCUUUGUCUUAUUGCCAUUUCCAGAAUAAAAAUCACAAUUCCUCUCUUCUGCCUGUAGUCUUUGAAAUCUCUCAAUAUUUAUAAAACAAAUAUACUUGUGUAUAUAUAAAGAAUUAUUUGCUAAACUCCAGAUUUGAGUAAAUUAAGGCUUGUUUUAAUAUUUUUGAAAAAGCAUUUAAAAUAAAUUAAUAUCUUGGGGAAAAAAUAUGUAUACAUGUGAUAUUUUAAUAUUUUGGAAAAAAAUUAUUUUAAAUGCUUACCCAAAAAUAUUAAAUGGAAGCCUAAAUCUAAAUUGUAAAAUGAGGCUAAAAUAGCCAUUAUCUGACUAUAGUGGAGUUUAAUUUCUCCAGACCACCUCUUUUGGCUUGGAUUUUUUUUUUUUCUUUUAAUUUUUUUAUUAUUCUUAUUAUUAUUUAUAAAGCACUAACAGACCAGUAUUUGCAAGAAGACCAGUUGGACACACAGGAACAUAGGGUGUAGAGUGCCCUGAUCAAACAUUUUGAGUUUAUUGUUUAUAAGUGGUUUUUACUUUAAUAGACACAGACGUGUUCAGCUUUCAGCAUGAAUGGCUUUUUUUUUCUGUGGAUACGUGCAGUUUUACCCACAGCUCAUCAGGCUGCAGGCGUGACCAGACACACGCUGCUACAGUUAGAUUAGGGUUGCCAGGUCCACCAGUUUUUCCCAGAAACAUCACUUCUUAAUAUUAUUGGAUGGUACAUAUUAUGGGAUAUACUACAGAGAAUGUAGAGUAUAUAUGCUGCGUUAGGAUAAACAAAUUAUAUACGCAUCACGGCAGCACUUUCCCAACAGCUUGAAGAAAUGAUGGAGUUUGGUAAAAUUAAAAAAAAUAGUGAGGUUUGCAAUCCCUUUGGAAACCUUUUGGGGGGAAAAAAGAGAAAUCAAACUGCUAAUUUUUGGUUAAAAUCAUUAACUUGCCAAUUUUUUUAAAAAAAAAUGUAUUUUUAUUUCUCCAGACUGUUGUUACGUAAACUUUGCAAUUUAUUUUUCAAUUCACCAAUAUGUGAUAUUUGGUAGUGAAUAAACUUCUUGCUUUUGAGUGUAUAACGUACAUAUUUAGACCCUUGCAAUUAAUAAUGUAAAACAUUUUGUUACAUUAAAAUAGUGUUAAAGGAACACGAUAGUCACCUGAACAAGCUUAGCUUAAUGAAGCAGUUUUGGUGCAUAGAACAUGCCCCUGCAGCCUCACUGCUCAAUCCUCUGCCAUUUAGGAGUUAAAUCCCUUUGUUUAUGAACCCUAGUCACACCUCCCUGCAUGUGACUUGCACAGCCUUCCAUAAACACUUCCUGUAAAGAGAGCCCUAUUCUGUUUAAUUAAGAUUUUCUUUUCCCCUGCUAUGUUAAUAGCUUGCUAGACCCAGCAAGAGCCUCCUGUAUGUGAUUAAAGUUCAAUUUAGAGAUUGAGAUACAAUUAUUUAAGGUAAAUUACAUCUGUUUGAAAGUGAAACCAGUUUUUUUUUUCAUGCAGGCUGUGUCAAUCAUAGCCAGGGGAGGUGUGGCUAGGGCUGCAUAAACAGAAACAAAGUGAUUUAACUCCUAAAUGACAGUGAAUUAAGCAGUGAAAUUGCAGGGGAAUGAUCUAUACACUAAAACUGCUUUAUUUAGCUAAAUUAAUUUAGGUGACUAUAGUGUUCCUUUAAUCUGACAAAGUAAAAAAAAAAAAAAAGUCUGAAACUUGGAACUGCUACUGUUUGCUUUAGAGUGGCUCUGUCAUUAUAUAUAUAUAUAUAUAUAUAUAUAUAUAUAUAUUAUUUUUUAUUUUUUUUUUCGGGCCCCAGCAGUGGUCUAUUUGGCCUGGGACUCGUUUGCCAGGUUUCAGAAUUUCUCCAUGGCGCUCGCUGAAACAUUGCUCCUCUGCCCUCUUCAUGUUAUUGGUCACAUUGGGUACCCUAAACACUGCCCAGACCAUAGAACCUAAUAAGGAUUGCCAUCGUGAUCCUGCGAGACUCAAUGCUGUGAGGAGGUGACUUGACGCUGUAAGAUCUAAGUAAAGUACUCGACACCCAGUGGAAGAGUUGACAAAUAACAUGGAGCUUUACAGACUUCUCUGUACGCUUCGAUCAGCUGACAGAUACUUUCAUUCAUUUAUGAACAGAACUGUAGAUGCAGCCAAGCCAUACAAUGUUAUUCACAAGUUUCUAUGAAUUAAAUCCAAAUGGCAAAAUUGAGGAUAAAAUAGCUUGUCAGGAAUAGCUACAUUUUCCAAUUUAGCUAUUAUCACAGGGUGGCUACUUUAGCCUAAGCUUUGCAAUUCUUUUUAUUACUUUAUCUGUAUUGGCCUAAUUUUUUUAAUUCAUUUUAAUUCUCAUAAAUUCUCACUUUAGUAAAUGGCAUUUAUUACGUUUAUGGGUAGUAGAUACAUAGACUCCAUGUGUUCUGUAUUUCAGCUGAGGGUGGUCUUAUCGCUGCAGUAAUUUCUAUAAUUUUCUGAGAAUAUAAGAAUCUAAGUACAGGGUGACAGAAAUCUACUUGCACUCUAAACAUUGCAAGAUGCCCAGGUUCUAUUGAUGCUUGUUCUGUCCCUUUGAAUGGAACCUAGAAAGCUUCGGUAUAUUUACCGGUAUUUCCCUGUUCCUUACCAGGUUUAAUUACCAGACUUUAACAGCCAUGUCCAAACAUGUCCAGUAUGGCCUGUUACAGAUCUUUGAUCUUUGAUGUGGCAGGGAACUUGCCUACCAUUAAACCUUCACACCCUCUGUGACAUAGUUGGCUAGGACUGUAACUGCAUACACAUUUUCAUGAACAUAAUACACUUGUAUUUUUUAUAUUCUAUGUUCUCUUUCUGCUAAUUAAGUAUUUCUUCAAUUUCUGUUAUUAAUAUCUAGUGAAUUGAAUACCGAAUUACAAAAAUUAGACCAAAACAACGAAUGAAAAAAAUUAACUAUACUCGUACUUUGUCCCUUUUAACCUAAAUAUUACAAAUCAAUAUUUGGUGAAUAAAUGUGUUUUGUGUUCAAAAGUAUUUUAAGUGUCUUACAUUUUUUGUUUUGUUUGUUUGUUUUACAUAAGCUUAGGCAAUACAUGUGCAUUGCAAAACAUUUGUCGUCUGUUUGUGUGUUUUCCUCCCCGGUUUUAGGCAGUAUGUUAGUAUUGCAUUGAUAAUGAAACAUUACUUCUACAAAAUCAAAUAUAGCAAAGUAUGUAUAAUUUGGCAAAUCAGAAUGAGUGCUCUAAAAUUCAGAGGUUAGUAAAUAAACUUUAAAUUGGGUUUAUUCACUAAACACUAGUUGGAAACUGAAUUUCAAAAUUUAAGUAAAAAUAGAUGAUUUAGGGAAAAAAUCUCCAUUUCAGUAAUACUCAUAACUUGGCUCAAUUUUACACUUUGGUUUUCAGUUCACUACAAUUCACUGUUUAUAGAAUACACCCAAAUGGCACACUAACUGGGUUAUUUGCUAAACUUCAGAUUUGUGCGACUUUAAGGGACACUAUAGUCACCAGUACAACUACAGCUAAUUGUAAUUGUUCCAUGCAGGAUUUUUGCAGUAAACACUAUCUUUUCAGAGAAAAGGCAGGAUUUACAUUAUAGCCUAGGCCCUAGGGACACCUCCAGUGGCCACUCCUCAGAUGGCUACUAGGGGUGCUACACAGUGUGCAGAACUAAGAUUUAACCCCUUCCUCCCUCUAGAGCCCAGUGGGAGGAGGACCCAGAAGGUGGGGGGGACCUAGAGACCCUAUAGUGCCAGGAAAACAAGUGUGGUUUCCUGGCACUAUAGUGGUCCUUUAAUGAUGCGAAUCUAGUUUAAACAGGGCCUUCACCUCUAAAUAUCCCUUUUCUAUAAUUGUAGAAUUUGUUGGAGUAAAUAAAAAUAAAAUAAUAAUAAUAAUAGAAAGCACAAUUAUAAUCGAAUUGACUGUGCUUAGAUGCCUCCAGUGGCUAUAUGUGGUACAGCACUCGCAAAAAAAAGCCUUCAUUGAUAUACUGCAAUGUUGUUGUCAUGUUAUGCUAGUGUUCUUGUACUCCACUGACUCUGCAAAGUGACUGCCUAUUGUUUCAUGUUUGAGAUAGCAAAACACACUAAGUAUAGCCACUCCUUGAAAAUACAUUUUCACUAUUGAUUCAUGGAGUUCUUUUAACCUUUUGGGUAUGUAAUGAGAUCAUUCUGUUGUACUGAAAGAGGUAAAGUUAAUCUGUUACCUUCCAAGAUCCAAGUAAAAAAAGGUGAUAAUUUGUCACCUUCCCAGAUACUUACCUUACUGGUGAAUUCAGUCCUUUAUUUUGAUGGAAUCCAAUAUAACCUGACUGCCUUAGAGGGUGAGUGAGAUAAAAGGGACAUUGUACACAAUUUUUGAGUUUAGUGAACAAAAUCCCGAAGUGAAUUGGGAAAGAUAUUAAUUCAUCUAUGUUUUCACUUGUUACAUUAGCCUAAAUUUACUGCGAAUGAAUAUCUGCUUGCCAUGGCUGAAUAUUCACUUGUCAAUGGCAUGUGAGUAAGUGGAAAUAUUAUAUAUAUCUUGGUAUAACCAAGUUUUAGAGGCAAAUUUAUUGAGUGAGCAAUGCAUUGAGUUUUGGGAGAUCUUUUCAGUUGUAAUACGUUGCGUAACGAUUUGUAAAAUGAAAACCAAAAUAGCCAAGUUGUAAACAAUCUCAGUCAUUAUGUUGGAGAAUUUUCCCAAUUCCACUGACUUGGCUUAGAUUGUGUUUGUUGUCCGCUUAUGAUAGCACACCGUUAAGUGAUACAUGCUCCUCAGUGAUUUUAAGUAUAAAUCAUUUAAUACCUAUUAUGCACACUAAUGGGCACAGAGACAGCACUGCGUCAAGAAAAUGUUGUCAACAGUGAACACAUCUUUGGCAUGCCCACUGAUGUUACUUGCCAAUAUGAUGGUGACACAGUAUGUGAUCACAAAAAAGCCGGUUGUUGAUGUGUCAUCAGAAAUGGUACAACAUUUUUUAUUCAAGGAAAAAUGCCCUAAUGUUGAUUCCUAUUUUUUUUUCUGAUUGUAAAUGAUUGAAAGUAAUAUAGUUUCCAUACAUAUUAUUUUGAAAUGAGUACAUAUAGGUUUAAUAAAUAUGUUUAGAGCAUCUCUUGGCUUAUGAUGGCUCUGUGUGUGUGUGUUUCAAUAAAGCAAGAAAAACAUUGAACAGUAUAUAAUAAACAUUUAUAAACUUAAUAAACUUGGUCAGAUUGUUUCUCCAGCCUUCUUCUGUGUGUGUAUGAGGGGUGCUGUGUGUGUGUGUGUAUGAGAGGUGUUGUGUGUUUGUGUGUAUGAGGGGUAGUGGUGCUGUGUGUGUUGUGGGGGGGGAUAGGGGUGCUGUGUGUGUGUGUGGGGGGAUAGGGGUGCUGUGUGUGUGUGUGUGUGGGGGGAUAGGGGUGCUGUGUGUGUGUGUGGGGGGAUAGGGGUGCUGUGUGUGUGGGGGAUAGGGUGCUGUGUGUGUGGGGGGGAUAGGGCUGCUUUGUGUGGGGGAUAGGGCUGCUUUGUGUGGGGGGAGGGGUGCUGUGUGUGGGGGGUGGUAGGGUUGCUGUGUGGGGGUAGUGCUGUGUGUGGGGGUAGGGCUGCUGUGUGUGGGGGUAGGGGUGGGGAGGGAUGCUGGGUGUGGAGGGAGGGAAGCUGGGUGUGGGGGAGGGGAGGGGUGCUGUGUGGGGGUAGGGGUACUUUGUGUGGGGGUAGGGGUACUGUGUGUGGGGGGUAGGGGUGCUGUGUGUAGGGGUGCUGUGUGCUGGGGUAAAGGUGUUUAAAAAAAAGUAUGCUAAAUCAGUAUCCCACCCCCCUCCCUCCUUCUUACCUUUAAUUAAGGAGGGGGGGGGACACAGCCAUCCCUGGUGGUCCGGUGGUGGCAAGCACUGCUUCAGUGUUGGGAGGCAGGGGGAGGGAUCUGUGAAGCAGCUCCCCUGCCUUCCUGUGCGAUGCUGUGUGGAGCGUUGCCAUGGUAAUGCGAGGCAACGCUCCACACAGCUUGCUCGUGAGAGGACAUGGGAGCUGCUUCACAGAUCUCUCCCCCUGCCUCCCAACAUGGAAGCAGAGUAGGCGCCUGCCGUUUUGGGCAGGCAGGUGCCUACUCUGCAUUGAUGGCGAACCUAUGGCCGCGUGCCCACAGAAAGGGCCGGCGUGCCACCUGUGGCACGCGUGCCAUAGAUUCACCCUCACUGCCCUAUAGUGUUCCACCUUUCCUUUUUUUUUUUUUUUUAACAAAAUUAAAUAAAAUACUUCUAGUUUUUCCUUGGGCAUAUUGAGUUCAGCAUAAUUUUAGAGGUCUAAGGACAAUUUCCAGUUUCUGGUUGUUUAUUGGCAUCACAUACUCUUAGCAGCCUUUAUUGUUUUUAAAAUGUUGAGGCCAUUCCAAGAAGACUCAUCUCUACACUGACAAUAACAUCUAAAAUGAAGUAAUUCUUGUGGGCUGUUAUUUACUAGCAUUGCGGAUAGUACCGGUCAGAGUGUAUUACUAUUUUUAACUGAACUUUUGUUCUGCUGCCUCGAUAUGAGAGGAAAACAAGCAUCAUGUGACUGGUAGGCAGUUUAUUUCAACACACAUUCAGAUAAAUUGGAAAUCCAACGAUGACAGUACAAGUAUGCAGCUUAGUGACUUGAAUCUAGUUCCUUUUGUUCCAAGUAAAUAACAUUACAGGCUUCAAGUUAAUAAUAAAGCUGUUAAUGUGAUUGCACUUGAAUAACCCCUUUUUUCCCACUCUCUCUUUCACUAGCAGAACUACAUUAUACAAUGUUUGCGCUUUUGAAACAGUUCCUGGAUCCCAUUAACAAGAACGAGAUUUUAAAAAAAAUGGAACCAGUAGAUCUUUUUUUUUUUUUUUUUUUAUUCACUCGGUGGUUAUAGUAAUUUAAAUAUCCAUUUUAACUCCUUUUCUCAUUUACAAUGAUUUUUGUUGUUUUUUUUUUUUUAACCUAUCUUUAUAAGUAGAUAAUGUUUUCACUUUACUUUGCCUAUUUUAUUUGAUAUGUUACACAAUGAAAUGUUUUUUUUUUUUUGGACAAAUAAUUUUGACUCCAUACUUUCUUUUUUAAAUUAUUAUAAUUUUUAUUUUAUUUUUUAUGUUUCCUGCUCUAUUUAUUAUAUAUUUAUGUUAUUUGGCCAGCAGGUUCAUGGGUAGAACUGCACUUCAGCAAUAAUGGACAUGGCAGUACCAUGCAACAUUUGGGCCAGGAGCAGGUACCCGCCUCAAUUUCUAUUCACAAUGGAGAUAUGGAGAAAAUCUUACUGGAUGCACAGCAUGAAUCGGGAAGAAGCAGUUCUAGAGAGAGUUCACACUGUGAUAGGUAUGUAAACGUUUUAAGACAUUUGCUUUGUCUUAUAAUGAUAUAAAGCAUUUCAUUUGAUGCAACGUCAAUUUCUAUAAUUUAAUUCUAUAAAAAAAAUAUAUAUUUUUUUAAAUACACCUUGUUACACUACAUAUUCACCAUCACCUGAAACAUGAAAAAGACUGGGUUGCGCCUUCUAUCCUAUCAAAGGCAGCAGUCAGCAGUCAGCAAGUUGAAAGUCUCCUUGCUACUGUAGUGAGAGAACCUAUUUUGAAUAAUGUUGGUAAAGUGGAUCCUAUUGUGCCCAUUAAAAAAAAGUAGGUUAUAGUGACUUGCAACCUGCGCAGCCCACAGAAUUCAAGCUGAAAGAUAAAAGUGCAUGGAGUUUCAUCCUCAUAGGAAAAACCCGCUAGUACCCUGAGUUUUUAUUAUUUGAGUCCCCUAAAAAAAAACAACCCAAAAACGUGUUUUUGUAAUGUAGGAAGGCAGCCCGUAGGAGAGAGCAAAACCACAACGAGAAUCAUACCCCAUGCUCACUGGAUCAAGGGCACUCCUCUUAAACAGGUGUACUACUGGGAAUACACUUCUAGCUUAAAGGCACUGUCACUAAAAGUAACUUAUUGGCUGUGCUAAUUUGUAUUUAUUUAUUUUUAAAGUCACAUGAGAUUUUAUUUUGAUUUACGCACUUGCCGGAAACACUGUGCAAAGCAUGUAAAGUAGUUAACCCUUGAAGCGCCAUUCGUACAGCACUGGUGGAGAAAAUGCUGAGUAUGCAUGUGUCUGUAUAGAAUUUAUUCUUCUAUGACUUUAUCAGAUACAAAGCAGAAGUGUGAUAAAGGUAAUUGUGAGUGAGGAGCCAUCAUUUAUCUGUUCCGCUUUGAGAAAUAUCCACCAAAAUGAAUUGAUUAAGAAAAACAAAGGCUUUAUUUUUGCUUUAUCAUGUUCACAAACUGUAUAGGGUACAAUGGAAGAGGCUAAGAUGUUCAGGGGCGGGGAGGGGUUUGCAGUCAUAAUGCCUCUAUUUAUAAGCCCAUGACUACAGGAGCAGGAUCCUAAGAUUUGGCAGCAUCCACUACCUGGUCCAUGUGGCAGAGAUAAAUAGAUUUUCAGUUAUGGGCUAGAGUUAAAGGAACACUAUAGGGUCAGAAAAGCAAAUGUGUAUUCCGGACCCUAUAGUGUUAAACUAGCUAUUUAGACCCCUGCCUCCCCCCCUUGCCCUCCUUAAAGCUAGUAAAAACUCACCUUAUUUCAAGCGCUGCGCAGGUCAGCUGGUGCUGGCACCACCCCUGAACUGUUUCCUUGGUGGCAUCAAAAUUGAUGAUCUCAGCCAAUCACAGUGCUUUCUCAUAGGAAAGCAUUGUAUUGGCUGAGAUUGUCAAUUCUGAUUAUGUCAGCUAAGGAGGCGGAGCCAAAUGCUGGCCUGGCCAAUCAGCAUGUUCUCAUAGAGAUGCAUUAAAUCAAAGUUCAGCACACUGCCCCAGGAAGCACCUCUAGUAGCCGUCUGAGGAUUGGCCACUGGAGAUGUCCCUAGGCUGUAAUGUGAACAACUACAUUAAGCUUGUUCUGAUGACUAUAGUGUCCCUUUAAGAAGUGUGUUACUUACGUAGGACAAAUAUUUCACCCUGACUACUUAUAUCUUUUUAACAUAUAGGCUUCCUUCUGGGAAAGUUCAGCUUUUUGUGUAAUAUAACUAAGUGAAAAAAUAUGUAGGUAAAGAUAACAUACGUAUAUAAAAUCUAUUAUUUAAAAACCACCCAUAUUUCUCAUACCUGGUUCCUUGUUCAUGUGUGCUAAUUAUAAGAAUUUAUCAUAUUUUAGUUAUCUGACCGAACACUCAAAAGAGAAUCAAAUAUGUUUUGCAGACCUCCAUUCUCAUGCAAGAUAUCUGUGUCGCUAAUGGUUGUUUAUCCCUGAUUUAGUUCAAUUAUUUCUUUCUUUACUGAUUUACUGUUUUGUUAUCUGGAUUGCUCGUUCCAUGCUUGAUUGUUAAAGGCUAUCUAUCCAUGACCUAGUUGUGCUAUUCUCUCUUCUAUUUAUAUAUUGUGCUGGGAUCACAUCACGAAUAUGUUUACUAUUCUUAGUACUCUUCAAAGAAAAGCUAUUUGAAUGUGUGAGUCACUCACUGCUUUCAAGUAAUAGGUGAAGGUAAUAAAAAAGGUGUGCCUGAUUCAAAUUACCUUUAAAGUCACCCAGAACACUUCAUCACAUGAUGUGGUCUGGGUGCAGUGUCUCUGUCCUUUUAAUUGCACUUUUGUAGAAACAGGAAUGUUUACAUUGCAGAAAUAUAAACCCCUUUAGUGGCUGUAUACCAGACAGCAACUAGAGGCGCUUAAGCUGCACUGACUGAGUAAAACUUGGCCCCAAGAUGUUGUAGCUCAUAGGAAAGAACUGACUCAAUGCUUGUCUAUGAUUGCACACAGAGCUUCCCGUACGUGUGCAUCAGGUCCACAAGGCUCCUCUAUGAAGAAUAUUGGAUAGGACUAGCGAUGGUGGGAAGUGCUGUUGAUAAAUGUUAUUUGUCUCUCCUUUGAUCUCCUGAUUCAGCUUUGUUUCUUAAUUAUACUACAUAAAGCAGUUGGCCUUCCUGCUUAGGACAUUGGCAACAGCCUGAUAUGUUUAUGUUUAGUGAAACUUGACCACUUUUUUUUUUUCCCUUUGAUGUUAUCAGAAGAAGCUAGAGUAGGGCAUUAAACCCUUAUUAAAUGACAAUGACCAUGGCAAAUUUUCCAAGUGGCGUAUAUUUAUAUAUGCUGAAACAUACCAAUGGUUAACUGAUUGGGGUAAUUUCUCAUUCAGGACCCAGAUCACCUUUAGAUUUAAAAAAAAAUAAAAAAAAAAAUAGUUCCCCAGUAUUUAAUAUCUUGUCCCAAAUCGAAGCAUAUUCCUUUCUCAGCAUUCUGUUUUUCAAGACUUUAAGAUGUAGAACCAUAGAAAAUUGAAUAUUGUUAUAAAAAUAAAAUAAAAAAAAAAAGACACACCAAUUGCAAUUUACAAUCUUAACAUAAGUUUAAAGCUGACCAGAUGGCACUUUGACCCCAUCAUUGAGAUACAUUGCUUCUCAUUACCAGGUCCCAGGUUUUGAGAUAGUGGUUGCCUGGGUACAGACAUUAAUGUCUGUUGACUUGAGCUACUAACUCAACCUCCCCCUAAAUAUCUCCAACUUAGUGUAUACAUUAAAUUAGCUUACAGAGUUUGCACAGCUGCUCACUGUACGUUUGUACAAAGGGAUUCGACAUGUCAUAAAAUUAGAUCUGGUGCAUUUUACGUGAAAAAAUAACAGGUCAAGUAGAAUGACCACACAAAAAGAUGAUGGUCUUACAGAGGUGAAUGUUAGCUUGUUGACCAUCCAAUCCUUAAUCAACUCCUCCGCUUAGAGAAGUUAAAUCGUGACCAAAGGGUAACAGCUGGUACAAUCUGAAUGCAAACUUUGAAAAAAGUGGUCUUGUUUCAGUAAAUGUGUGGCAGGCAGAUUGCCAGCGCUUAACAGGUCUAAAGGGUUGAUUUGCUUUUUAGAUUCUAACAACAAUGAGUGUUCUACAGAAGUGGAAUUGCCAUAGCAGAAUUGGUGCACUAGUGAUGUAUGCCUUUGACAUGCAAAACACAGCAACCCCUUUUGACUUCUCUGCGAUGAUCCUAUACUUUUUCUAAUCAGAUGGCUUUUUUUUUUCUCUCAAACUGUGUCACUUUAUUUAAAUUGUCAGCUGUGAUAUUUAUAGGAUCGGUAAAAGUUCCAGUAUUUAACGAUCGUGACACUGUAUUUCAAAAUUGAUUAUCUACAUGGUUUUGUAAUGAAACUAGUAAGACGUUCUGCAAAUAUUUUGGGAAAUAAAUAACAAAAUUGCUAUGGUGGUGCACAUUAUAUACAUAUUUUUAACUCCUGUUUUUACUCUUUUUAUGAAAGUCCACCUCGCUCUCAGACUCCCCAGAGUAUUCAGAGAUCUAUAGAGAGUGACACACAGGGCAGCAAGGAAAAGAGCAGUUCUCAGGUAUUUUAAAUAUUUUUUUAAUGUGCAAUUUUAGACGUUUGCUUCUUUUUUACGUUACAUGCUCCCAUUGCAGUUAUGCCUUUCCUGCAUAUUAAAAAAAUUAUAUAAAUGAAGUAGAGCAAAUACGAGUAUCUGGUGUCUAAUUUUCCACUAACAUAGAAACAUAGAAUGUGACGGCAGAUAAGAACCAUUCAGCCCAUCUAGUCUGCCCAAUAUUUCAAAAUACUUUUAAUUAGUCCCUGGCCUUAUCUUGAGUCUAGGAUAGCCUUAUGGCUAUCCCACGCAUGCUUAAACUCACUCGCUGUGUUAACCUCGACCACUUCAGCUGGAAGGCUAUUCCAUGCAUCCACUACCAUCUCAGUAAAGUAAUACUUCCUGAAAUUAUUUUUAAACCUUUGCCCCUCUAAUUUAAGACUAUGUCCUCUUGUUGUGGUAGUUCUCCUUCUUUUAAAUAUAGUCUCCUCCUUUACUGUGUUGAUUCCCUUUAUGUAUUUAAAUGUUUCUAUCAUAUCCCCCUGUCUCGUCUUUCCUCCAAGCUAUACAUGUUAAGAUCCUUUAACCUUUCCUGGUAAGUUUUAUCCUGCAAUCCAUGAACCAGUUUAGUAGCCCUUCUCUGAACUCUCUCUAAAGUAUCAAUAUCCUUCUGAAGAUACGGUCUCCAGUACUGCGUACAAUACUCCAAGUGAGGUCUCACCAGUGUUCUGUACAAUGGCAUGAGCACUUCCCUCUUUCUACUGCUAAUACCUCUCCCUAUACAACCAAGCAUUCUGCUAGCAUUUCCAGCUGCUCUAUUACAUUGUCUGCCUACCUCACAAGAAUAGAAACACACACUAUGCAAUUGAUGGAAUACAAAGUAUAUAUUAUAAAUUGCAACAAUGAAAUCACGCCAGCAUUACGUAUUAUUGAAAGGCAGCAGCCACUGUCGAAAGUGUCAGUUAGAUUCAUUGAAGUACCUGCUUUCCUGGUAGCAGCUACGUCGUUUUUUUUGAUGUGUUGUUUUUAACUUUUGCAGUUUGUUGUAAACUAUUUCUAUUCUGUUAGCACCAGCAGUUGAAAAAGGCAGCGGUUUCUGCCAAAACACUGAGGUCAGCUUUUCCCUCUGUGUCUGUGUGCGUUCAUGCUAUUUUUCUAUGUAGUAUAAAUGUAACGUGCUUUACUUAUUUUAUAUAUUUUAUUUUAUAAUUUUUUUUUAAUUUCUUCCACUACAGUCAGAAGAAGAUUUUAUUGAUCGUCGGAAAGAGUUAGAAAACUUACUAAAAAAGAAUUCAGACUGGAUAUGGGAUUGGUCUAGCAGACCAGAAAAUAUACCACCCAAGUAAGAUUAUUAUUAUUAUUAUUAUUAUUAUUGCUGUUAUUAUGUUUCUUACAGUGAAUAGGGCAUUUCAUUCGACCAACCUUAAGUAUUAAAUCUUUCUUUUGUUUCCAGUAGAGCUUUUCUGUUCAAACAUCCCAAGCGUAUCACGGCCCUCAGCAUGAGGAACACAAGCGUCAUGAAGAAAGGGGGGAUUUUUUCUGCAGAAUUUUUAAAAGUUUUUCUACCAUCAUUGCUGCUUUCUCAUAUUCUGGCUAUCGGAUUAGGGUAAGUAAGCAUAAAUUAAACACAAGUAAGACUGGUCUUAUCUCUAAUAUUAUUCAAAUGUCUUAUAAUAAGAAAACUAGCCACCGUGUUUCCCGAAAAUAAGACAUCUCCCAAAAAUAAGCCCUAGCUUAUUUUUGGGGGAUGCUCGUAAUAUAAGCCCUACCCCGAAAAUAAGCCCUGGUCGCUUGUUGAUAAUUCGCUAAUCUCUGUUCGGGGAAGUUUCUCAGAACAAAGAUUUGCGGGAUUCCAUGCCCUAGUUAACAGGUCUGCGUUUGGGGGAAUUCCCCCGAACGUAGAACUUCUUUGUAGUACAUGCUUGCUACCGUUUCCCCCCGAAAUAAGACAUCCCCCUAAACGAAGCACUAGGGAAUAAUAUAAGACCCGGUCUUAUUUUUGGGAAAAGUCGGUAUUAAUACAUUCCAAGCAGAUAUGGCUUCACAGAAACAAAUGCAGGGGAAUUAUUGCAAGUAGCGAAAUGCACAGAAUUAGAGAUUGAAUUAGCAUUGAAGAAAAGUAUAUGAAAGGAAUUCAAUGUAAUAUAACAACAGUAAUUAAUUGUAUAGCGAACAUUAGUUGGUAGUGUAGCUUACUGUUUAGGUGCAUAGAUGAAUAUAUUUCUAUAGAAAAACACUUGAUAUAAAUGAAACAAAAGUGCUUAAUGUUACUAGAAACGUUCUGAGCUUUAUGGAAACUAACAAGGACAGUUAUAGAGAAUCAGAGCAGCCCAAGAAGGUAAAUGCACUACAGGGACAAAAGUAUUGGGACAUACCUCUACAUUAUUGAAUUCAAGUGUUUGAAUCAGAUCCAUUGCCACCGGUGUAUAAUAUCCAGCACCAAGCCAUGCAGUCUGCAUUUACAAACAUUUGUGAAUAUAAUGGGCCGUAAAGAGCUCAGUGAAUUCAAUCAAGCCACCUUUGCAAAUAAGACCGUUCGUGAAAUUUCAUCCCUGUUAGAUAUUCCAUGGUCAGCUGUAAGUAGUAUUUUUUGAAAGUAGAAGCGUUUAGUAACAGCAGCAUCUCAGCCACGAAGACCACGUGGCUGAGCAGGGUUACGUAAAAGGUACGGGGUGCGUAAAAGUUGCCAAUGCUCUGCUGAUUCCAUAGUUGAAUAGUUCCUGUGACAGAUCCAUCUGUCUAAGUACUAUCUGCUGGUUCAUCUAUUUUGUUAUACAGUCGUGGAAUUACCUGCCCGUGCGUCCCUGUUCGUUUAUUUGAGUUUAUACCAAAUAAAACUACCGAACGGCCGGCCACCCAGAAGAGAAGUGUGCUGCUGGUUAACCUAUUGGCCUCAAUUAGAACGUUGUGGUUAACCGCAGACACCUCUUAAUUGGAACCGUAUGCUGGGUAGUCGUCGUUCGUAUGUCGACCACGAGGUGGCGGCCAUUUUAAACACACGAAUGAACAGCGGUGUUCGACGAUGAACUUAUGGAACUCAAACCAGACACCCUUUCUACCGAACACCGCUGAAACUGCCGACCGCCCUUCUUAUCAUCAGGCAUACGAACGCCGGUCCAUCGGGACUUUUUAUUGUACGAAUGGACUUAACCCAAAUAGCCAUCCCAUGGAGUCAUUCGUAUACCGAAAGAACAGCGUGAAAGACUUUGACUCCAUGGCGAUUGAACUGUGUGCAUUGGGUCUGAGCGCUAUUCGGUAGUAAUGUGCGCUCAGAUCUAGGCUAUCUGGGGAUACAUUAUACGAAUUAAAUGCAUUCGGUAGCUUUACAUUUAUGGAUUUUUAUGUGUUUUUAUUAUACCAUGUAAAAUGGCGGUUUGCCUCUAUCCUUGGAGAUAAUUGAAUUUCUUCCCAAUUAUCUCCAGGAUAGAGAGGAGGGGUUUACCUGUACAAAGGGGAGUGUUUAUACCUGAGCCACUGUGAUUGGCUACUGUACCUCAUUUGUCCCAGUCUUCCAUCUGGUCCCCUAGGGGAGUGUCCACCAAGUGGGAGACCUGCAUAAAUACCGGGCAGGUAGCCCUCAAUAAACCAGAAUCCUGUUUUACCCUCAAGACGGAGCUUGGUCUCAUGUUUGGGGGGAUUGCUACUUUGGAGUAUUCUUUUGCCUUUUCCAGGAGAGAAGGAUUUCGACUGAUUCUCAGUUCGGGGAAUUAGAGUGUUUGUGAGCUGCUAGUCCCGUAUUGAGGAGAGAGGUCUUUCGUAUAAUUAUCCAGUUCGGUGAAUUGAAGCGUUUGUGAGUUGCUAUUCCUGUAAUAAGGUGAACUCCCAAUUCGCUAUUAACCCACGAUACCCGGGUUAUACCAUAACAGUUCCAAACUUCCAUUAAAUAUCAUUAAUUUUUUACUGAUUAGUAUCAGCACAGAAACUGAGCAGCUGGAGCUUCACGGAAUGGGUUUCCAGGGCCGAGCACCCUCACAUCACCAAGAACAUUGCUAAACUGUUUCUAAACUACAGCUUAAUGUCAUUUAUAUGAGUGUUUACUCAAAAAAAAAUUUUCAUGAUGUUUGUUAUGAAAGAAAAAAAAAUUUAAUUCUGCAUUUUCCCAUUUAGUUUAUUUUUAUAUAUUUUAUCUACUGCAACUCAGAAUCCUUUUGAUGGUACACCAUCUAACCCAUGGGUCGUCAACCUGGUCCCUACCGCCCACUAGUGGGCGUUUUAGGAUUCCAGGUGGGCGGUAGGGAUUUCUGAGGCUAAAUCCUCUUUUUAAGAGGAUUUCUCCUUUUGGGCGGGCGCGAGCGGCUCUGCAUGCGCAAGUCUUCAGUGACCGGCAGGAGGAAGCGCUCCCUCCUGCCAGGCCACCUUCUGGACCCCCCGGCAUGGCAGAGUUCUAAUCAGUCGCGGCGAGGGAGCUCUAACCUCUCUGCUCUGCUCCCUCGCGCGAUGUUUGCUGAUGCCGCGGGAGCCGGAAUAUGAUGUCAUAUUCCGGCUCCCGGCAUCCGUAGACAGUCCGCGAGGGAGCAGAGCAGAGAGGUUAGAGCUCCCUCGCAGCGUCUGAUUAGCCGCCCGCCUAAGUGAAGCCCCACUGGACCCCAGGGACAGAUCCACACCAGCUCUCCAGGUAGGGAGGCUGGGUGGAUAUUUAAUAUUAAUAAUUUGUGUGUAUAUGUGUUUGUCUCUAAGUGUAUGUGUGUGUGUGUCUGUAAGUGUAUGUGUGUGUGUCUGUAAGUGUAUGUGUGUGUGUCUGUAAGUGUAUGUGUGUGUCUGUGUCUGUAAGUGUAUGUGUGUGUCUGUGUCUGUAAGUGUAUGUGUCUGUCUGUAAGUGUAUGUGUCUGUCUGUAAGUGUAUGUGUGUGUGUCAGUGUGUGUGUGUCUGUGGGUCUGUCUGUGCAUGUGUGAGUGUCUGUAAGUGCAUGUGUGAGUAUGUGUAUAUUUGUGUGUAUGUGUUUCAAUGUGAGUGUGUGUGUGUGUGUGUAUGUGUUUGCCUGUGAGCAGAGUACUUGUAGAAUAGAAGAAAGAAGGUGCAGAGUACUUGUAGAAUAGAAGAAAGAAGGUGCAGAGUACUUGUAGAAUAGGAGAAAGAAGGAGUAGAGUACUUCUAGUAUAGGGGAAAGAAGGAGUAGAGUACUUCUAGUAUAGGGGAAAGAAGGAGUAGAGUACUUCUAGUAUAGAGGAAAGAAGGAGUAGAGUACUUGUAAAAAAGGAGAAGGAAAGAAAAGGAAAAGGAGAGAAUUGUUGUUGACUAAUAAUAGUAAGUGGGCUACCUAGCUCAGCCUUCCUACUGGGCAUUGCUAUAAGGAAGGUUAAAAAAUAGAAAAAAAGGGGAAAAAGGUGGGAAGGGGAAUUGAGGAGGGAGAGGAGGGGAGCUGACGCACAGAUGAGAAAUCAUUUUAUGAGCAAACAAAGAAGUCUUCCGAUUAUCACUGAAAGAGGAGACCUUCGUUUGUUCCUUAUGAAAAUCGAACCAGAUAUCAAAUAUUUAGUCUCGCAGCAUCAACCUCAAGGAUCUCAUUAAUCACUAGUAAAGGUAAGCUCAAUUUACUUUAUUGCUUCCUCAUUAAACUUUAUAAAGUUAAAAACAUUAUAAACAUGCAUAAAGUAGAAAUAAAAAGAUAAAUGUACGUUCAUUUAUGUAUUUUUUAAAACACCCUCCUUUCUAAAAAAUAUUCUGCGCUUGCGCGAAAACUGGUGGGCGGUAAGGAAAUUUUUCCAUCAAGAAAGAUGCAUUAGUGGGCGGUAAGUGGAAAAAGGUUGACUACCACUGAUCUAACCUAUUGGAUACAAAUAGCCAAAUCUACUAUUUGCUGAGUAACCGAUAGAGGCCUUGACAUAAUUGAGAAUCAUAGGUAUUUCCUUUUGAUCAGACUGCUGUUUCUAGACUUUGUCCUAAAGAGCCUCCACUAGUCUAGGUUUCACAGCUAUCAAUGUGAACUGGUGUUAUAGACUGAACAAAUGAUUAUCUCCCUGGUGUUCCAACAAUGGAUAUAUAAUGGAUUCCAAAAGGAAAGGAUUGAGUAACACUGAUUUCACACCGUGUGAGCUGAAGUCAAACAUUUCAACUACAAGUGAAAAGCUAUCAUUAUACAUUCAUAUGAUCCUCUGUCCUCUACAAACAAAACAAACGUUUGACUUGCUUGCGGUUUAAACAAAAUAACUUAACGUCGACAAACACCAGUCUUUAAAUUCUUUAACAUAUUAACCUAAGCUUCUCAAACUCGCAUGAAUCUCAUGCCAUCUAUUGCAUUUAAAAAACGGUGGGAGCUAUAUGCUAUUAACAUUGGAGGAGGGGCAUUAACUCCUUAGUGAACAAGACUUUUCUAUAAAUCUGCGCAUUCUACAUUUUCACUAUGUAUUUGUACCAUUGUAGUACACCAAUAUACGGAAGCCCAGAGAGGCCAUGUAGUUUUACAAUUUUUUUUCUGACCGUCAGAAAAAUAUUAAAAUUGCUUCAUACUAUGUAGAAUAGAAUAUUUUUUUUUUUUUUUUUAAUGAUAACCACCUAUAUGUAAACAUAGCACAAUGUGAAAUAUGAAUAAAAAAAUAAAGGUAAGAAAAAUAAAUCAUGUCUACACAAUUAGUACUAAAGAAAUAACUCAAAAUAUAUUCAAGUUUUAUCUCUGAUUUUUAAAACGUACAGUAUGCCUAGUAUUUCAAUGAAUAUUUAGUAGGUAAAGCAGUGCUCCUCAACCUUUUCUCACGCAAGGCACACCAAAGCUCUUCUCAGAAUUCCACGGCAAACCACAACCACGAAUAUAUGACCACAAUGUCACAGUGCCCCAGCACACUUGCCGUAAGGUCACACUGCCCCCAUAGCACUUGCAAAAGGGUCACACUGCCCCCACAGCGUCUACGUGUGUCACAUUAACUCAUGUCUAUUUUCACAUUGCUCCACAGCACUUGGCACGGUGACAAUUAAACAACAAACAAAACUUGCCUGUUGCCCAGUAUCAGUUUGCCCAACACAACAUGCCACAGUCAGUUUUCCAAUUAAAUAUAUACCAUAGUCAAUUUGCCCAUUAAACCUGUCAAGCCAGGUGCCCAUUAAAAAAUACCUGUAAUUUUGCCCAUUUAUAAAUUUUAUUCAGUGUUAAUAAAUAUCACAGUCAGUGUGCAUAUUGAUAAAUAUGACACUGAUGCACAGAGAUAUACAUUGACACAAUAUGUAUUGGGAUGUGUGUAUUUCUGGCAUUGGUUAAUUGGGUUUGUGCCUGAGAGUGUGCAUAUGACAGAUAGUAUCCUUGUAUGUGACUUCAUGUCUCUGUGAGUAUGUGUAGGUUUGUGUCUGGGGCUGUAAGUGUGUGGGGUAGCUGCUUAUUGUGUUUAUGGUGAAGCUAUGUUUCAUGACUGUGUGUGUGUGUGUAUGAUGACUAUCUUCAGGGGUGACUUUAGACAGGGUGGGUAAAGGGGGUAACUGGCAGGCUGAGUGUGACAGGGCAAGAGGGAUGAAUAAUAGAGUGUUGGGGUGAGUGUUACAUAGUUGGAGGAGGGAGUCAAACAGGGCAAGGCGAGCUUGACAAGCUUACAGGAAUUAAUGUGACAGGGCAUGGUUGGUGGGAAUAAAUGUGACAGGUUUGGAUGGGUUAAUGUGAUCGGUGAGUGUGGGAGGGUGAUUGGGAGUGAGUGUGACAGUGCGAGAGAAGGAUGGAAUAAUUUAAUAGUGUGUGUGGCAGAGCGAUGGGAGGUGAGUGGUGUGGUUGGAGAGAGUGACAGAUUAGUUUAGAGAGGCAGACAGGGUCUGAGGCAGCAGCUGCAGACUUAAAUAAAAGUAAGAUUUUACUGUAUUAAGGAGGGCGGGAUGGUGGUUUUAACACUAUAGGGUCAGGAAUAGAUGUUUGUGUUCCUGACCGUAUAGUGUUCCUUUAACCCCUUAAGGACACAUGACGUGUGACAUGUCAUGAUUCCCCUUUAUUCCAGAAGUUUGGUCCUUAAGGGGUUAAAGGGACACUAUAGUCACCAGAACAACUACAGCUUAAUGCAUGUCCCUGCAGGUUUUUACUGUAAACAGAGACAAUGCAGUGCUAAUAUUACUGCCUACCUCGCGUCCCUACUUUUUCUCUGUAUAUCCUUUCACUGGGUUGGAAUUUCAGUGAAAGACCAACACAGUCAAUCUGAGUAUUUCAUAAAGAUUCAAUCUUUAUGAAAUUUUUGAUAAGGGGGUGAUAUAACUGCUUUAAUAACAUAUUAGAAAGUAACUAAUCACAGGUACACAAUCGUAAUGCUAUAAUAAUGUUUUGUAAUAUAUAUGGCUCACUGUGGGACUCUAUAGCCUUUUGGUGCAGUCAGGUCAUGGCGGUUUUCCAAUCUGCACCACUAGAAAUUAUCAGUUAAUAAGAAAAAAUGUGGAUGCAGCACUUGGAGAAGCAAGCUGUUCGGAGGCUUAAUAGCUUGUCAAAAAUCAAUUCACUUUAUUGAGAAUGUACAAAAAAAAAAUUAUACAUGCAAUCUUCAUCUAGAGACAGCGGUCGUAAACAAAGUCUAACUCAUUUCAUUAAAGCAACGUGUGUCAUUGUUACGAACUGGUAUUUAGGAAGAAAACUCGUGACUCGCAUUUACUAAUAAAAGACUGUUUUUUCUUUAUUUAUUGAAACAUGUUUGUAGUUUAAUAUUCUAUAAAAUUUAAUAUUCUAAUAUUCUAUACUUUAUAACAUACAUUCUGUUUACAUUUUAAGGGUGUAUAUUGGACGGCGUCUGACAACAUCUGCUGGCACGUUUUAGGUGGACAAGAGUCAACAUUUUAUUUGAGCAUAAAAAAUAAAUCAUUCAUUUCUCCUGCUCUGUAAAUGAAUGUUUUGCAUUAAGCUUAAUCGUAGUGAUGGGAUAUCUGCCUGUAAAAGAAUGAUGGCAAACUUUGGCACUUUGUGUUUUUCAAAUGUUUCCCAUGAUGCUAAGCCCAAGUAUCAACGUUGGCUAUUACAGCUCUUGAUGUAAGGUAACAUUUUCAUUUAAAUCACUGAGUGUACAAAAUGCAUUUUCAGCAACUGUGAAUCACAACAGCAUAAGACACAAGUAGGCUUUCAGUGUGAAAGGGUCAUUUUCCUGUGCCCACUUUUGUAAAAGUGACUAUGAAACCCAUGGUGUGGUCCCUGGCAUCUGGUUUUAUCUUGCAACUGUGAAGUGUCAGUUUUGAGAUUCUGAACUCUAUUGGAGAUCUUUCUUUAAAACUAAAUGUAUAAAAAAUAUUCAAUUUAGUGUUCAUCUGUCCAGCAUAUGUCAAAUAAUUGUAUCAAAUCUUGUGUUUAGAAGUUUGUUUUAUGCACAAAUAUCAAGCCUGUAAAUAUUACAAGCAUAGGUGGCAACUAAUGAUGCUGAUUUUAGCACUGAAUGAAAUUACUGCACUAGUGUUAGGGAAAUAUUAUCUCAAUAGAAUCAAAGAAAGAAACAUUGAUUCAAAUUGGUCUGUAAGAAGUCAUCUGCAUGUAUACUCUUACAUUUCAUAAAACCAUCUAAAAAUAUAUAUCUUAUUCAGUACAGUGAGCUUUGGAAAGAUAAAAGUUUGGCAAAUUAAGGCCAGAAACGAUCCCUUGCUUGGCUGUGCUAGAGAUUUUUAUGAAUUUGACCAAUCUGUCCCAGAUUUUACAACUAGGAUGCAUUUAAUGGAUAAACCCCAAUGUGUGCUCUGGCAUACACUUACCUAAUGAUUACAUAGUUUAUAAGUUAAAAAGACACUACAGGCACCAAAACAACUUUAGCUUAAAGGGACACUCUAGUGCAAAGAAUACAGAGCUGUAUAUCUGGCACUAUUGCCCCCCCUCCCUCCUGGUAAGUCAAGGGUUAAAAACCCUUUAUUUACUUACCUGAUCACAGCUCUGAUGCCGGUUUUCUAGAAGGGGUAAAGUGUUACAUUGUCAAAGAAAAGGAACAUUGUUGGACCAAGACCACUACAUUAAAAGGACACUAUAGGCACCCAGUGGUCUGGGUGCAGUGCUUCUCUCCCCUUAACGCUACAAGUGUAAACAUACAUUGCAGGGUUAAGGCUGUCUCCCAGACAGUUUACCAAAACAAUGCAGGUCUUGACUCAAUGCUUUCCUAUGGGAAAGGUCUAAUACGCUUGGUGCUCACCGUGCAUUAGGUUCCCCCUAUCGCUGCCAAUUGUAGAGGUGAAAAAUUUUUUAAUCCUUUAUUAGGAGGGUUGUUGUUGUUGGGGCAAAAUACACUUUUGUGUUGAAAACACUAUGGUGUUCAUUUAAGAUGCAGUGGUUUUGGCGUUUAGAUUGAACCUUGAAUAUAGAUUGAGUAAGUUUAAAAAAAUAAAUAAAAAAUCUAUGGAUCUUAAUGCCCUAAGAACUAGUGACAUGCUAGCACUGUAACAAUAACAAGGGAUAUAGCUUUACCAUAAGAGGUUAGGAAUUAAAGAAGCAAAUCUGGUACAAUUAUUCCCUUAAACAUUUAUCAGAUAUAUUCUGUGUAGGAGCUGAAUUUGAAAACAAAAUAAAAAAUAUAUAAAGUAUCUAAAUGCCAAGCUAUAAAUUAAAUAACAAUCUGCCAAAAAAAGCACAUUAUAAUAGCACCUUUAAAAAUUCUAAAAUAAAUUUAUAUAAAGUUAAAUUGGAUAUAUUUAUAUUGUGAUUACAUAAAUAUGCAGCUCAUUUUCUUUGGAUAUAUGCUCACUGUAAAUAUGUAAUGAUGGUACGUGAUUCAUUCUUAUAGAAUUGUUUUUAAGCUAGUUAUUAAGAUUCCUUACAAAUCACCACAUUUAAUAGCUUUUCUGCAACUGGAGCUUAUGCUGUGUUUUCUUAAAUAUCUUAUAUAUAUUUAUGGAUUUAUUAUACAGCACAAUUAUGUGUAUUAUUUUUGUAGAAUUCAUUGAAAAAAAGUUUUAUUACAGGAAUUUAUUCCCUAAAGGCAGCGUUGACCAUAAGUUAUGUGGGCAUUCAUGGAUGAACAGUUGGAUCCACUUAGGUAUUGAUUAAAAUGCACCCAAAAUUGGCCAACCCUCUCAGGAUCCUCCACACUCGUUUAUCCAACCAAGGUCAAUUGCAAAAUGUGUUUCCAAAGUACUGUUACUAUGAGCCCAUUGCAAUCAGUUAUCCUAGUGGGCUUCACUACCUAAACAUAAUAUCUAGUGAAACGGGUGCUCAAUUUGACUGGACCACUAGAUUAAUAUUACCAGGCUUUAGAGAAUCAAUCCAAGUACCUUAAUCUCUGCUUUUAGCGAAUAAUUCCUUUGGAAGUGAAUUGAAAAUUGAAUCCAGUGCUAUUCGAUGACAUUUAAAAAAAAUAAAAAAUAAAAUAAUAUACUGGAUUCCAUGGAAUAACAGUGGCAGUUUUACAUGUUUCAAAUAUUCACUUAUGAAUAAAUCUAGUUCUUACAGGGUGAUUAAGUGCUGUGUUAGGUCAUUGUUUGCACGUGUGUAUUACCUCUUCAAUGUGUAAUCAAAAUAACAGUGCAAAAUACUAGUAAUUUAUGAAUGUUCUUUAUGUACAUCUCUGCAAGAAAUAAAGAAAUGAAUGUUUUAAAAGCCAUACCUUGUACCUUAUUUAAAGCUUAUGUCAAAAUAAUUCUUGACUUAAACACUAUAAAGUCAAGUUUGCUAAUAAGCCUAAGCAUUGUCAGCUAGGGUACUGUAUUGCAUGAUUGAAAUAAGUUUUUUUUGAUCCCUUUCACAACCGCAGGUGGCGGGAACUUAAUGAAAUAGUGAAUAUACAGUAGUAAAAUAUGUGUGGU